AUGCAGCUGAAAUCUGGGUGUUUUCUGCAGCAUCUGCAUUUAGAGGGAGUACACUGUUUGUUGUCAGUAAGACAUGCUGCAGCACCGAUAGAGUAUUUGCAGCCUGAUGUUCAUCGAAAUAAUUACCUGAACGAUCUGCAGUUUCAUUGCUUUCUCCAUUAUGUGACUGACCUGAAUAAGGACCAGAUCACGCUGCUGUUUGACUUGCCGGACCGAAACGCAAGGGGGAAGAUUUGCUUUAAUGAGUUCUACACGGUGGCGUGCAUCCUCCUGUCCCACGACGUGUGUACCCUGUGGGUCCUGGAGUCGAACCAUCUUGAAAAGCAGUUCGUCCACCAGCACGUGGGACCUGCCUUUCGACUACUGGAUGUAGACAAGGAUAAUAUGAUUGAUUUUAAUGAGUUUGAAGCCAGAAGGUUUCUCUUUGACAUCCAGAAAGAAGAACUUAAGAUAUUUAAGGACUUUGAUGUUUCUGGAGAUCAGGAGUGGGUGUUCGGUGACUUACAGCACAGUGUGAAUUGA